AUGGGUUACCAUCACGAUGUCUUCCACCGGCUGGUCAAGCGUGCCACACAAUGCGGCAAUAUCACAGACCCGAAUAGUGAUCAAAAUAUUGGAUCGGCUACAACUCAGUCGAACUCGUUAUCUGGAUUCUUAUCUUCAUUUAUCAUCAAUGGUGCCAUCUUCGGUAUAAUGGUCAUUCUAUUUGUCAUCCUACGAGUAUCACAACGUCGUCAAUAUGCCCCUCGAACAUAUGUCGGCGCCGUCAAGAAAGAGAAGCGACCCGAUCCACUACCAGAUGGUAUUUUUUCCUGGGUUGGGCCAUUGGUUGCUAUCAACGAAUCGUAUGUCAUCGAGAAAACAUCCUUGGAUUCCUAUUUCUUCCUACGAUAUCUCAAAAUCGGCAUUGUUAUGACCCUGGUCGGUUGCCUUAUCACAUGGCCUAUCCUCUUCCCUCUAAACCUCACAGGUGGUGCGGGGCAGAAGCAGCUUGAUAGUCUCGCAAUGGGUAACGUUAACAAGGCAACUCAUAAGAAUUGGUACUUUGGUCACGUCUUGGCCGCCUAUCUUUUCUUUGGCUUCGUCCUGUUUACUAUUUACCGCGAGAUGAUGCACUUCGUUGCUGUUAGACAAGCGUACCUUUGCUCUUCAAUGUACGCCAACAGAGUCUCCGCUCGUACCCUCCUAGUAACUUCGAUCCCAGACGACUACCUCGGUGUCCCCCAAUUGCUGAAACUAUUCGACAACGUCGCUCGUAUUUGGAUCAAUACGGAUGUGAAAGAACUCGAGGAAACUGUCGAGGAACGCGACAAGCUCGCUAUCAAGUUGGAAAAUGCCGAAAUCAAGUACAUCAGAACUGCAGACAAAAAUCGCAGGCUCGCUAUCAAGAAAGGCACUGCUGGCGACGCCGACGCCGAAACUGGGUCAGUCGGCGCCAGAUGGGUACCAGCAAAGGAUAGACCGUCGCAUAAGCUCAAGUUCCUCAUUGGCCAGAAGGUUGACACCAUUGAUUGGAGUCGUACUGAGUUAAAGGCCUUGAACACAAAAAUCAAGGAUCUCCAGGAACGCCAGCGAACGGAUCAAGUCAAGCAAAUGAAUUCAGCUUUCAUCGAAUUCACUACUCAACAGGCUGCCCAAAUUGCGUUCCAGUGUCUAGCAAGCAACCUUCCUCUGCACAUGGCACCACGAUAUAUUGGAAUUACUCCUGACGAGGUUGUCUGGUCCAGCUUACGGCUCAAAUGGUGGGAGAGACUUGUGAAAAUUACUUUGGUCACAGCGUUUAUUGCAGCCCUCAUUGUUUUCUGGUCUUUCCCGGUCGCCGUCGUCGGUACUAUUUCAAACAUCAACUACCUUACCUGUCAACUCCCUUGGCUCGGGUUCAUUAAUAAGAUCCCUUCAGCUAUUCUGGGAGUUAUCACUGGUUUGCUCCCAGCCGUUAUGCUGGCUGUCUUAAUGGCGCUUUUGCCAAUCAUCCUCCGCAUGUGUGCCCGAAUCGUCGGAAAACCAUCCCUUUCACACGUCGAGCUCCAUGUCCAGAAUUCGUAUUUCGCCUUCCAAGUCAUCCAGGUCUUCCUUGUGACUACACUCUCGUCCGCAGUGGCCUCGUCUAUCCAGAGCAUUCUUAAUCUUACCAGCCCUUCUGCAAUUACAAAUUUUCUGGCUACCAACAUACCCAAGGCAUCUAACUUUUAUAUCUCUUACAUGCUUUUGCAGGGAUUGUCCGUUUCUGCUGGUGCCCUCCUCCAAAUUGCUGGCUUAAUCGUCGGUAAAAUACUCAGUUUUAUUCUUGACAGCACACCUCGUAAGAAGUGGAAUCGAUGGACCAAGCUCUCUGGGCUAGGAUGGGGAACUGUCUUCCCAGUCUAUACCAAUAUCGUCGUCAUUGCUCUAACAUAUGCCACAAUCGCCCCGUUGAUUCUUGGAUUUGCAACCAUCGGCUUGACACUCUUCUACCUCGCAUACAAGCAUAACCUUUUGUUUGUGUACGACAACAGCAUUGAUACAAAAGGAAUGGUUUACCCUCGUGCUCUCUAUCAAACCCUUACCGGUGUUUACCUCGCGGAAAUCUGUAUGAUUGGCUUGUUUAUUAUUGGCACCGCUCCGGGACCUAUAAUUCUCUCCAUCAUCCUCCUGGUUCUCACCAUCCUCUUCCAAAUUGCCCUCACAAACGCCUUCGGUCCUAUGCUAGAACCUCUCCCACGAAAUCUCCAGAUUUCGGAGAAUAACCCCGCUACAACUAGCGAAUCGAACGGUGAUAAAGCCGCUCCUACAGCCCUAGCUCUUGAAACGCCCCCUAAAGUUUCAAUGAUCAAGAAAUUCUUCCAACCACACGUCUACGCGACAUACCUUUCCGCUAGGGCGCUAAUCCCUCAGAAUGAGGUGGAGUAUACUUAUACUUCCGAGGAACGCGAGAAUGCCUACGUUCACCCAGCUUUGGCUGCAGGAGAACCGGUACUCUGGCUCGCCAAAGAUGAAGCUGGUGUCAGUGCCGAGGAGAUAGAGGGAUGCAAGACAUUUGAUAUCGUUGCCAGCGAUGAGUUCGCCUGGGUUGACGAGAAGAGCAAGGUCCAAUGGGAACCUGUUGUUGACGACCAGCAGGUCAACCCACCAGAUUACGCGGAGAAGCAACCGAUGUAA